AUGUUCGCAGGGUUCCCGCUGAAAUACACGCCGGAAUCUGCUGGAGAAUCCAGACUCAUAUUUACUCCAGCGGUAUACUGGUGGGGUUUUACCAUAACUUUGUUCCAACUUGGAUUUAUGUGUUUUGAGUGUUGUUUGAAAUUCAUGAGCUACCCAUCGAUACUGGUCACUGAAACAGACUCAACACUCUCCGUGUAUGCUAUGAUUAUAUUCUAUGGUAGUGGCCUGUUGAUGGCAUUGGUUUUGUUCACGAGCUAUGCCAGGACGAACCCUGAGUUCUUGAAAAUUUGCACAUUUCUGGAACAGUUCGACCACGAACUACACUUGGAAUCACCUGACUAUUCAAUUACAGAGAAUCUGUUCACCGUCAUCAUUUCCACUGCAAUUCCAACAGUUUUAGGAGCAUCAUUUCAGUAUUCGAUUUCAUUGAAUGAAGAGCAUGACUUUGUGGUCAGACGGAUUAUGGUAUAUUUCGUAGUAACGACUGCACUCUAUGGAAGAACUGCUUUGCUAAUCCACUUCCAACAAGUUACAUAUGGCAUAUCUAAAAGAUUCAGACUCGUUAAAGCCAGGAUAAGACUACUAGUGAUGAAUGAGAGCUUCAAACGGAGAAUCUUGCACCGUAACCCAAUAUGCGUUGAUCGUACACAAGACUAUAUGACUUGUAAAAAGGUCAAAUCCCUCCUGAGCGCCUACCAUCUGAUAUGUGACGCGGUGUGCCAAGCCAACGUCUUCUAUGGUGACCCACUACUGGUCUGCAUCGUUUGUACAUUUAUGAGAAUCAUUGAAGAUUGCUUCUUCCUCUUCAUAUACGGGUAUGUUAUUGGCGGAAAGACAGUAAUAAUUGGUGCUAUCAGUGGUUGGAUCUUUUCCGACGCCAUCUUCCUCGUGCUGAUCACUCUAUGUGGCUCUUGUGUCUCUGAGACGGCAGGCGACAUUGCAACGCUCAUCCGCAAGCUGAUCAACCAGGACUUGGGCUCAGAACUUAGAGAAGAGUUGAAGUCGUUUCUGUUACAGUUAGCCAACAAAAACGUGGAAUUUUCCGCAGGAGGAUUUUUCCAGGUCAAUAGACAAACUUUAACUUCGAUGGUCGCAGCUGUGACUACCUACCUGGUGAUCAUGAUACAAUUUGAAAUCCAAUCCAAGAGUCAGCCCGACCGUAGUGGAAUGGAAAGGCCUCAUCCUGGGGGAACCGCCUACGUGAUCACGGUAACCUCUUCGCCAGGUCGCAGUCUUUGGAAAGUCCUGUCUUCGAGGAACUCCAGGCCUUUGGCAGCUCCUGGCCUCUGUGAUCUUCCGGUCACUGUUAACUCCCGCUCCCUGAAUGCUACAGUUUUUAAGCUUGCCCUUUGA